AUGGAUUUAGUCGACCUGUACCUCCCGGAGUGUUUCACCUACCACUCUGACUCGGAGUAAGUACUUUCACUCCGAUAGAGCACUGUCAACACACAUACACACACGAGCGCGCGCGAGCACAGCUGGGGUGGUGCGUAAUUUCAAAGUGGCAGUUUUUCAAACUUCUUUAUGACGUGAAACAAAAAAACUUCUUUAUGACGUUAAAAAACUUCUUUAUCAUGUGAAAAAAAACUUCUUUAUGACGUGUUGCAUCGUACAUCUGUCAUUGAUCCAUUGAUCUUUAUUGAAAGUGUCACAUUCUUUCUACAGGUAGAACUUGAACCGUUGAUUUCCUCUCUUUGAAGAUGAAUCUAUGAUGACUGUGCACCUGCAGUUUAGCAGGUUUUAGGUCCUGUGUGCAAAGAGUUCCUGGACUAAUCGGAUGAUUAUCUCCUUUGUUAAUCAAUUAAUCAAGAAGUUAGAAUUUAGUGAUUAAGCUUAUCUUGUUUUCUCAGAGCCUGAAGGGAAUUCUCAGAAUUUCUUGUUCAAUCUGACUGAUAGUUUAACACCCACAUAUUAUCACUUUACAACAUACCAAAAAGAAAAAAACCUUCUCAGCUUCUUCUUAAAGCAUCUUUAAAUAAAAAGUUCCAGGUCCUCUGAGGCAUGCUGGGACAGGAUUCACUCUAAAAUCAGCGUAUUUUCUGGUUGACGCUAUGGGGAAGUGGCGCUGAAUGUUUCCCAGGCGUGGAGGUUUGUGUACAUUGCUUACAGUCGGCAUUGUUCAGCCUGUUUGUUUGUUGAUGGUGAGUGUGAGUGAGGGGAUGGGUAUAAUACCAGUUUGGAGGAAACCAGUCCUGCUGUGGGAGAACAGAGAAAAUCUUCCUUGACAGCAAAAGCAGCCUGAGAAACAGAUUUCUGUGUGAUUACCCCUAAACUCCCUUUUCUGUGAUGAUAACAUAAGAAAACACACAUCCCUGCUGAGGCGGGAUCACCCCUGAGAGGACGCCUCAGUGAGCACUUUUAGGGCUGGAGUGAACUCUCUCUCCCCCCCCACAGCAGGGAAAGAUAAAGAGAAUUCAGACAGACGCGGAUCAAAACGACAGCUCGGCAGAGGACAUGUGGACGCUCAGGUUUGCUGAUUGCCCGUGACAGAAGCAGCCGGAUAAAGAAUGGGAGAAAAGGACACAGAUGAUCCCCUGUAUGGCACGCUAUCCGUGUUUCCAAGAGCCUGCGGGUCCAUGCUGCAGCCACAGGCACCUCAUCUCCCAGCUAACAGCUUCGUCCAAAGCCUGACUAAGACUCUUACACGGCUAGCUGGGGGUGCCACUGAUCCCUACUCAUCUCCUACUGGCUCAUUAGGAAAAAAACACAACCGAGACCCCACUGACCUACAUAGCUGCUCCUCGGGGUUUGGGGUUAGACUGGAAAAGUUAGACAGAGAAGAAAUCUGGAGUUUUCACUCUGACUUUUCUCUCUGUUUGUUUGAUCCCUCUUAUUUUCUGUAUUUCCUUCCCUCCCUGUUUCUCUCACCCUCCCUCCUCCUUCCCUCCUCCAUCCGCCGGCUCAUUGUCUGCAUUAUGACUCUGCUCAUUUGAAAGUGAGUGUUGCCCCCUCUCCUUCCUUUUAACUCCGCUCAGGUUAAUGAGCCACAGGCACUGCCCCCUUUCUUUCUUUCUUUCCUUCUUUCAGCCUUUUCACACUCCCUCUAUCUGUCUGUCUCUCCUGUAAUUUCCCCCGCCCUCUUCUUCCUCUCCUUUUUUUUUGUCUCCUUGUCAUUUCACGCUGCAUUUUGGCUUUUGUUGCCAAGGUGCAGUUAUAGUUGUUUUGGAUACUGCAGGACAAUACACUCACACACUCUUGUCUCUGCGUGGGGGAAACCACUCCUGCAUCUUUUCAUGUGUUUUAACGCAGAAUUGUACAUUUAUAAUCUAUUAGUAUGAGCAUGAGAUCAUCGUUAAUUUCAUUAUAAAAGCCAACACACCCUCCUUCUCCUCUUUGUCUCCCCCUGAGAUAAUUUACAAUGCUGGAGCAAAACUCGCGCUCUGCUCUUGUCAGUCUUGACACUCCAGCACGAAUACCUGUGAUUGAUCGCCAAUAAGCAAACGUUAUGAGUUAUGAUAAAAGGAAACUGGGACCUCCUCACUGUUGUGUCUUUAUAGUCUCCAGAGUGGAUUGGAGGGUGAGUGAUGAAAAGUUUGUAGUGAGGAUAAAAAACCUCAACUUAGAGUUACUUUUUUUUAAUAAAGGUUAGACAUAUUCAUGACUUCCUUCUCUUUUUAGGGGCCUGUGUCCACUGCAUGUGUUGCUCUGGCACCGCCCACUCCCUCAGUUUGUGCACAGGAUAAUUGAGCUAAGUUAUAGCUUGUUCCAGUUUACAUGUUUUGGAUAAGAAUUUGAAUUAUUGACAGAAGCAUUUGCGCCUCUGUGACAGAAGGUGGCGUCAUGCCUCCUUAAGCGUCUUACUAUCCCGUCGUUUUACAUAUGGAAAGAGAAAGAAGCUAACAGGAUGUGCGUCUUAGGAUGAAAACACGGUCACUUUCGCAGCUUUGUACCGUCUGCUAGGAAGGUUUUUUGCAAUGUCUUUGUUAUCCUUUUUUCAACCCAUUAAAGCAAUUGGACAUCCAGCUAAACUUAGAGCAUGCUCAGAACACUUCAGCUAGUUUCAAGUUCGGUUUAAUGCGAUUUGAGUUGGUUUAAUGUGUUUACAUGUUCGUCCAGUGUCAGUUGAACUCUAUUUCUGAAAAUUGAAGGACCUUCAGCUGAGAGUGAUGCCGAAAAGAAGCUGAAGUGCUGCUAGUGCUCCACUGAUGUUGUUAGUGGACAUAGGCCCUAAGGCAUCACUAUUUUGUGUCAAAUUAAGGAGGUCAGUUGUGGUGACCUUUUUGAUUAUGUUACUAUCACCUUUUCCACUCUGAACACCUUCACAGAUUUACUUGAACCUGACCUUAUGGAUGUGUAGAGGGAGGUGUUCGCUUUCAUGAUCAUUUAAACACCAGAAUAAGAGACUAAAUGUGAAACAUCGUCAUUUUCUGGUUCUCCUUCUGCAGAUCUUCAGCUGCUGUCAAGUCAUCCCUCACAGUGCGGCCUUGUGCCGGUCUUUGUGGGUUUGUAGAGGGGUCACUAGUGCGUGCCCAUGGUUUACUUUGAGGGUGGUUAAGAGCAGCCAUUCUUUUUGCCUACCAAAUGACUUGUGGCCCUGAAAACACUGAUUUACAUGUCAGGAAACACAAUCAACAUCAUAACCUCACCUGACGCUGAGAUUAGAGUGGACGAGGUGUACGGCUGUGUGGAGCAUAUGUGUGUGUGUUGGGGGGUGUUUGAGACAGUUUUAAAGUUGGCCUGGCGACACACAGUUGCGUGCAAGUAUGUGUUGGGGUGUUUAUGAAGACGCUUGCUUUAAAAUGUGUCUGUAAGUGUGUGCACACAGGCAGCAUGAGCAUGUCCCCCAUCACGUGAAUCUGAAGUGUGUGCAGAGACGUCCGAGCCCGGCUAUGGUCUUUAUUUUUACAUGCACACAUAAAUGCCUGACGCCGCCAUGCCAGCUCGUGCGUUUUUCCAGGAUAUGUGUGUGUGCGCAGUGGUGUGGAUCACAUGCCUGCAAGAUAGUUUUUUUCACCUCGCUGGUGACAGGGAGUCUGUUGUGGUCACAUCUUAAUCCAAUAGUAAAAUAGUGAUACAGUGAGACAUGCAGGCCCAGAGGGACAUCUGGGUGUUUAUAUGCUGAGUCUAUUAAUACAAUCUCGAUUUCAGAAAUGUUCAGAUGCUUUCCGAAAUCUUUGUUAAAAUGGAUUUUGAUGGUUUGUGAAUCAGUUUGACUCUUUAUCCAAAUGAAAAUUGUGAUAAAAGUGAAUUCUGCCUUCAUUUGGAAAGGACAGUGGAUAAGGAAAGAGAGCGGGGAGCAGCAGUUCUGGGAUGUCAUCAUUCAGGUUUAAAGAAACUAGGACGAAGCUGAAAGCAAAUACGGCCCAACAGACAUGACUCUGCAGGGGAAGUCCCUGCAUGGGCCCAAAAUCAAUCCUAAAUCAGUGAUCUGUGCACACAGCCAAUUACCGCAUCUAUAAUUUUAGGUCAAAUCUGCAGCAUGUGAAGAAAACAAUAUUUAAACAACUUCUUUUGGAAACUGCAGCCUCCACUUUUAUUACAAAUAGGUAACUUGUGCAAGUGUGAAGGCUGAACAAUAUCUCCAGGUUUAGGAGCAACAUCUGCUGCCAUCCAGACAAUGACAAACCACAUUCUGACAACAGGAUUUACAACAGCAUGGCUCUGUAGGAGAAGAGUCCUGCUGAGAAACUGGUCUCAUGCAGUCCUGACUUGUCCCCCAUUAAAAUAGAAGUCCAGAAGCAGGUGUCUUUGGUUUAAUUAGGGUGACCAUAUUCUUGAUUACCAAAGAGAGGUGUUUUUUGGGUUGGGUUGAGUGUUUUUAACGCACUUCCAACUCAGUUAGUCCACACUACACAAACUCAAAACUUCCAUACAAAACCCUGGACAUUUAAAGGAUUUUAUAAAUUCCCCUGAACAGCCCCCAAAAAGAGGACAUGUCCAGGUAAAAGAGGGCGUAUGGUCACUCUAGUUUGAUUAGAUCAUUUUGGAUAAUCUUUCAACAUAUUUGACCUUUUCUGGCUGCAGGUACUGGUGAAUUAACUCAAUCAAUAAUGUGUACAAAGAGGCGUUAAGAGGCAGAGAAGAAGAGACAGGGAUCUGGAUUGAACUCCAUAUCCAGGAUGAUGCAGUAAUCCCUGGUUUGUGCUAUUUUCAUAGGUUUGCUUAAGCAAUGUUCUUCUCUGAAAACAAAAGCAGUGUAAUGGCUCGCAGCUUUGCAUAUCUGGGAAACCUCAAACGGCUGGCUUAAAUGGACGGGGAUGGAUGAGUGAAUGAGUGAAGGGAUGUGCAGACAGUCUGAGCGUCACACAUCUAUAUCUAUCUAUCUGCUCUGUGUGUCUCCAUGGGGUUUAAAAAACACGAGUUAAUCCUUAAAUUGAUGAUAAUGAAUUUCCCAAGAUGCAUAUUACAAGAUUGCUAUCAGUGUAAAUGAUGCCUGACUUAAUAAAACUAAUCAAAGCUUACAGGCAGGAAGGUCAAUUACAAAUCAUUAAUAUUUAUAACAGCGCCAAGGUGACUCAUCAUAUAAAUCUGAGCUCAAAGUCAGACCCCUCCGUCAUGAAUAUGGAUCACAAUAAGGCGCAUUUACAUACAGUCAAACAGGGAGACAUUUUCGGCCUUCUCUUUUUUUCCUCCAGACACCUCGGCAGGAUGUCACUGAGGGGCUUGGACCCCACCUGUCCCGCCACAAUAAAGCGUGAGCCCUCCAGCCCCAGCCCCAGCUCUCAGGGCGACGUCAGCCCGGCUCAGCCCAGUCCUGGAAGCUCCUCCUCGGACACCAACUCCAGCUACGGCCCCCUGACUAAAGGACACAACCACAGCAAUGGGCUGGACUCGCUCGGCCUUUACGGUCACUCUGCGGGGCUGGCGACCACCGUGGUGACAAACAGGUUGGUGUACGGAUUAUGAUACCUCUUUCUUUUGUGUGUGUGUGUUGCUUAUAGCUCCUCCUUUACACCUGCCUUCCUCUCGUUUCCGUCCAGGAGGUUUGGUGAGGAAGAAAGCCAAGUGAAGUGUGAGUUCAUGCUCGGCACGGUGGCGAAGCGGCUGUGUCUGGUGUGCGGCGAUGUGGCUUCCGGUUACCACUACGGUGUUGCCUCCUGCGAGGCCUGCAAAGCCUUCUUCAAGAGAACCAUCCAGGGUGAGAGCGGGGCAAUCGCACACGUACACACAUACAUGUUCAUCCAAACUUAGUAACAGAGUUUAUUGUGCAUGACUGAUAGUGCCGUCCUGCAACAUCUGAACCUGUUUUACCAACAAGGAGCGUUUGUUUUGGUGUCAACAGCCCACAAUCAGUUAGCUUGACGCUUCCGCCUCCUGCCCCCGAAAAGGUUUACAAUAAAGUCGUGUUUGCAAACAGCUGAUAUGUGGUUAAACUUACACCAUGUCGUGUAUACAGUCAACAUGUUUGGGUCAGGCUUUCAGGCCUCGGAUGACAUAUGGAGCAGGAUGAGUGUGCGUUCAAGAGCUGCUGCUGCUGCUGGUGGCGAGGAGGAGGAGGAGGACCAGCACACGGUGUGGGUGUUUUAAUAGGAUUGCCUCGUGUCCUGUUGGAGACCUGACAUGCCGGGUAGUGUUUAGGCCUCUAGAGGUUGGCAAGGUUCAAGGGGCAAACAGGAUGAGAGGAUGUCAGAUCAAGUGGGAAGAUCUAAAGUCUGGCUCAUCAGACGCUUCCUGUUUCUGAUUGAGGGAGGCAGCUGAAAGCACCUGCAGCCGGCUGAACGCCAUCGAGCCUCGCCUUAAUGUUUUACUGCAAGUUUGGGAAACGCACAAAGGAAAAUGAGCAAAACCAGCACAUGUGACCAUCCUGAACAAGAUCUUUAACUUCUAUUUGGUCAUUCUUAGUACCUAAAACUGUUGUGGUGGGGUAGUUAUCAGACUGCAGAACUAAAAAAGUUCUGAAUGAGUGAAAACUUGAACUGUUAAAAGACGGCAGGAGGGAUUUUUAGUAGAAAAUCGGCUGAGAGUCAAACCAAACAGUUCUCCAGUUUCUUCUCCUCUUAAUACCAAAGGUUUAUGAUGUUUUUAGUCACUUGCACGCUUUACUUCUCCCUUCCAGGUAACAUUGAAUACAGCUGCCCUGCGUCUAACGAAUGUGAAAUCACCAAGAGACGGAGGAAAUCCUGCCAGGCCUGUCGAUUCGUGAAAUGUCUGUCUGUGGGCAUGUUGAGAGAAGGUCAGUAACACACACACACAGACAAAAACACAGACUCAAAGUCAGGGUCAAAUCAUUGUAUGAGGAGCUUUUUUUAAAGAGCGGAUCGAUCCGCAGACUUGGCUGGAGUUCAGAACCGGGUCUUUGAAGCACCCGGAGUGUGGAGAGUAAGACAAGUCUGACUGCCGUGUCUUUGUCCUGCAUUCCUGGAAACAAUGCUCUGCUCCUCCAGUGAAACCCAAAACUUUUGUCUGUUAAACUUCAGUCUCUUUGUGCCAGUCGGGACGUGUGUGUGUUAGAGAUAUUAAUGUGAAUCUAAAAUGCAUAAAGGAGACCUCCCUUUGUUAACUAAAGCCGCCUUUUUACGAAAUAAAAAAGCUUUUAUACACAUUUAAAGACACAAGCAGCUGAGAAAGUCCAGCCCGAGUGCUGACAUGUCUAUACCAGACUGUGACAGCAGUCAGGUGCUCCUGUAGUCUGACUGUGUGCCUGUCUGGUGACAUAUUGUUGUCCAGAUUUAGAAGUGACUCCAGAAGGAAAACAUCGGCGACCUCCUGCAGUAACUCGCUGCUGUGAAGGAGGACGAGAUGAUAAUGACGAGGAGAUAGCGGAUAACUCUUAGACUGAGGGUUUCUGCUGGCUGUGGAUAGAGCUCAGUGUAAAAGCUGCCUUGCUCAAAGGGAAGGUAUUAGCCUUGAAGACUUGUUAGAGAUUUGAAACAAUGACCCGAAAUGUUAUUAAAUAAAAUGUAAUAAAAACCUGAAAUGUAAUAACUGGUCAAUAAUGUAACAAGAUGCUGAGCCCAAAAUGUAAUAACUUUUUUUCCCCAAAAUGUAACAACUUCUUACAUUUCACGUUUUAUUACAUUUUUUAUUACAUUUUCAGGUUCAAUACUUUUGUGACAUCAGUAAGAAAUUAUCACAUUUUAGUCUAUUAAAUUUCACGUCAUUGUUACAUAUCGGCUCUAACAAGACUGAAUGUAGGGCUGGGCGAUAUGGCCUCAAAUCAAUAUCACAAUACAUCGAUCAGUUCACCUCGAUAACGAUAAAUUAUAUGAUAACUACUCCACAAGCUGCUCACCCCCUCCCACAUUCACUUCGUCUACCUCAGCCGCUACAUCUUUUGAACCGUCCUCCAUCUCCUCACCUGUCUUUCCCUCUUUGUUACGGACUGGAUGGGGUGUAGUCACGUCUCUGACGUAGGACAGUGUCUUAAAGGGACACGAGACCAUAGCCUACCUACACACAUCCAAAAACAACUUUUAUUUAUUGUUUUUUUUUUGACACAUAGUAAACCGAUAUGGGCAAAAUGACGUUGGUCAUUGUCAUUAAUUUCAGUAUCUAUAAAUUUUCGUUUUAUCGCCCAACUCGACUUUCGGGUCAUUGUUACUUAUCGGGCUCUAACGAGGCUGAACGGAGGACAAAUUUAUCAGGAAAGUUUGGGAUCUAAUUCAGGGGCGUGUGUGUUAGUUCACCUGUCAGAUGGUCUAUCAUCCAAUCAGCUUACGGUCUUACAAAUGAUUGACAGCUUGUGUCUUCACUGAUCUUUCUCGUCAAUAGUUGAAUUUACAAACAUGAUCAGAGAUUAUCAUUGGGCUGCGUCUCGUCUUUUAUAGAUAUGAUCUUAUUUUAACCUCAAACUGAAUUACACACGUAUCUGUUGUGUAUCUGAGUUGACCACAUGCAAGUGUGCGUUUAUUUCGAUGCCCUUUCUCUAAAUUAGCUUCCUCAACAGCAUCCCGGUUGGUCUGCCUCUUCUCUUCCUCCUCCCCCUCUUUCUCCUCCUCCCCUCUCGUAAAUUCCUCCAGAUGCCUUGUGGGAAUCCUGGACCUCCGUGAAACGCGAACUGCCCCUCAUAACUCCCACCGUAAGCACCCUCGUAACGCGCUUCAUCGUGUCUCGUAAUGCACCCCCCUCUCCACUGUUCCCCGGAGAGGCCGCUGUAAAGGCUGAGACUGAGGAGCUGUGAGCUUUAAUGGGCAGAGUCAGAGCCUUAUUAAACACACAGCUAAAGACAUAUAGACCUCAGGCGGGGUUUGAUGAAGCCCCUUUAAGUGGGCAGUAGUAACAUGGAUGUCCAUGCUACUCUCUCUUUCUUAGAAAUAUGGUCAGUCGAGUUUCUUUUUUUCCGUCUCAUCCCAGACGUCCUGUUCCUGCCGGCUGAAGUCAUUUGGUCUCAGGUGUGAUAAUCUGUGUUCUGAGAAGAGAAUCAGACCGUAGGCUGGUCCCUCUCUCUCUCUGUGCUGUCCUCUGCCAACUUUCCAAAUCCCCUCAUAUGUUGACGGUGCAAAGGGGAACGUGACGCCACGGUAACCAGCCUUGUGUACAUUUGUCACAAUAUCUGAGAAGCGUGGGAUUGUUUAUACAGGACACAUGCUGGUGUUGCUGGUGGCGGGGUGGAGGGAAUCGAUGCCUCAGAGCACGGUAACACGGAUCAGUGUGGAUCAGCGACUACAUGUCCCGGAUGUUCCUUCGUUUUGGGGACCUGUGAAGAUCUGGACACCCUCAACAAAUAGGCGGAGGGAUGAAAGCGGCGAAAAUAGAUCAAUGUCUGAGCAGUCGGUGUUUAUCGAACGCUGAUGGGUGGAGGAGGGGGAGGUGUGUCUGUUUAGUUAUCCGUCAGAGCUAUUCUUGGCCUUUUGGUUGUCAGCACAUUCCAGCAUGAAGAGUUACACUUAGCUCUGAUGUGUGUGUGUGAAUAACCGUCAUACACACAAAUAUAACCCGUUAACACACACUCUCACCAUUUUUACAGCCACCAAAGUUGUUCUGAUUUAAUCCAGUGUUUGCAGACUUUGAGCUAAAUCUGAUGACAGCACACAUGUAAGCAGACUUUCUCUUCAUCUCACACCUUGGAGCGCCACCUGCCAAGUGCCUGGGAUUAUCCACACUUACUAUUUGCCCCUCAUGACAUCACCAGAGCUUCACGGGGCACCGGGUUUGCCGGUCCAAUCUCAGCUGUAAUGCCGAGUACAAACUCUUCACAGAGAAACUGCAAACUCACGCUUUAUCAGUUUUUCUCUGGAAGUGUCAAAACGGACGAAAAAGGAGAUUGAUCAUCGUUACGACCUUGUUCAGGCCUGGACCGGCUCUUAGACCUGCUCUUUUCCAUCACCAGUCUCGAUCUCUCUCCUCUCCACACCCAGCUCAGUCUCAGCAGAUGACUGUCCAACAUCAGUCUGGUUCUUCCCAAGGUUUCUGCCUGUUUAGGAAGUUCUUCCUCAAUUACGACCAGGUUCAGGCCUGGACCAGCUCUUAGACCUGCCUCCUUCCCAGCAUCAGUCCCUCUUUCUCAGUCUUAGCAAAUGACCAUCUAUCAGUCUGGUUCUGCUCAAGGUUUCUGCCCGUUAAAGGAAGUUCUUCCUUGGUUACAACCCCGUUAAGGCAUGGACCAGUUCCUAGACCUACCUCCUUUCAAGCAUCAGUCUCUCAGUCUCAGCAGAUAACUGUCCAACAUCAGUCUAGUCCUGCUCAAGGUUUCUGCCUGUCAAGGAAGUUCUUCCUUGGUUACAACCCAGUUCAGGCCUGGACCGGCUCCUUGACCUGCCUCCUUUCCAGCAUCAGUUCCUCUCUCUCUCCUCUCCAAACCCAGCUCACUCUCAGCAGAUGACUGUCUAACAUCAGACUGGUUCUGCUUGAUGUUUCUGCCUGUUAAAGGAAGCUCUUGAGUCUGGUUCUGCUCGAGGUUUCUGCCUGUUAAAGGAUACACUCUCAUGUACAUAAAACCUCGGAAGUCUCUGGACUGUCUGGGUGUGUGUUUUUUAAUCUAAUUUGAUUAACAGUGACCUGAAAACACGAACAAAGGACACGUCAACUGCCCCGAGCGUUUGAUUCAAAUCUUUCUUAUCACCCACUGCUUCAGGGAAAUGAAUAAAAUCCCCUGUUUCCGAUGUAAAUCCUCCCACUGAAUCUCAGAACAAAGAAACCUCGUAUGCAAAAUCUGAACACGAGAUGAUGUGUUUGUCCACCGAGUCCACUGUCGCUCAGCGCAGGAAGCAGAUUGAGAAAAUAGGCUUAGGUACGGUGCUGUCUUUAAGGUCUGUAAGGAGCUUUACAUGCAAAAAUAUACCUUCAUACAACAUCGGAGCAUUAUGCUUCAUAAUAGUCUUAGAGGGGAGCCUGCUGGCUUAAGGCCAAAGGUCAUAACCUCUCACAAUCAUCCUUCUCUUGUCUCUGCUAAUGACGCAUUAACAGAUGAGCUGGGAGUCAUGCUUUUGUACUUGAUGUUGAUGAAAAAACUCAGUUUGGGUCUUGAAACCAGGAUUUGAACACGUGAGGUCAACAGCAUUUUAAUGUGAGCUCUAGUUUGGCGGAAUUGCCUUUUGGGACUCGAUUGGAGCUGUAGGUUUUUGGACUUCUUCAUGGAGAAGUCCCGCAGUAUUAGAGCCAAAAUGAAGCUACUGUAAGCGGUUUUUGGAUGUUGAGGCUGAAAUUCAUAUUGAUGUAGGGCUUGGCGAUAAAAUAAUACAGAAAUUUACAACAAUAACCGAUGUCAUUUUGCCCAUAUCAGUAUAUUCAGCGUCAAAUCAAUAAAUAAACAAAAGUUGGUUUUGGAUGUGUGUAGGUAGGCUAUGGUCUCAUGUCCCUUUAAGACGCUGUCCUACGUCAGAGACGUGACUCCACCCCAUCCAGUCUGUAACAUAGAGGGAAAGACAGGUGAGGAGAUGGAGGACGGUUCAAAAGUUGGAGCGGCUGAAGUAGACAAAGUUAAUGUGGGAGGGGGUGAGCAGCUUGUAGGGUAGUUAUCAUCCAUUUAUCUUUAUCGAGGUGAACUGAUCAAUAUAUCGUGAUAUUGAUUUGAGACCUACCCAAAAGUAAACAAGAGUAUAGGGGAUGAGAGCGACUGUUUGUAUAUCUUAAAAUUUAAUAGCUGUUUGUAAAAUAUUAGGGCCCGACCGAUAUGGAUUUUUUGGGGCCCAUUCCAAUACCGAUUAUUUAAUCGGCCAAUUUUUAAGUUUUUUUGAAUUAAGUUAUAAAAAAAUAUUAAUAUAUACUGUAGAUAUCAUGAGUAUACUAUACUGUAUAUACUGUAGGCUACUUUUCACGCCGACAGGAAGACCGACUGAUCAAACUUGUCGGGCCCUUGAAAAUAUUCUGUCUAAAUUAUGUGUUUAAGUGAAACGUUGUGGGUGUCUGAGCGUUCUCUCUGUAAAGCAUUAGGAGAAGAAUAAACAGAUGGAGUAGUAUCACAGUGAAGUGUCAAGUGGUUAAAUAAAACGGUCCGAGUGUCUCUGUCAGCCGUGAGUGCUGUUAUAGAUUCAGGGCCACUCCGCUCAUUUACACUCUGCAGACCAGGAAACCCGACCCCACUACUGAAGACGUCCUGAGUCACGCUCUCCGUUCCCUCAUGAAUGCAAUCUCCUUUUUUUUUUUUUGUUUUCCUAUUCAACACUGGCCCAUACAGACUGUUGGCAUGGCGACAAGGUUACCACAACGCUCGUUAACAUGAGCAGUUGUCAUCAGCUGCUCUGAAGUUGCGGCGGGGUGUCGUGUUACAGGAAGCGUGCCGCUGUGAGCUGUUAUAGUCCCGGGGAUUGUGGAGACAGGUGACAGAUGAUUAGGGAACAUCCUGAAGGUCUGUCGGGUCUGAUCGAAGCUGAUCAGCUAAUUAAGCUGGAGUCAGACCAGAGUAAUCUAUCCAUGAAAAGAGUCCAGACUCUCCAGGUUUCUUAAUAAGCUCCCCGGGAAGAAUUUGGUUUAAAUGAACAAGUUUAUCAAAGUGUUUCUGUAACUCUGACUGAAUCUGUGUUUGUCGAUCUGCAGGUGUGCGUCUGGACCGGGUUCGAGGCGGCAGGCAGAAGUACAAGCGGAGGAUAGACGCUGAGAACAGCUCGUACCUGCAGCAACAGAAUGCCUUGCCACAGAAAAAGACCUGUGAGUGAAGCGACCCCGAAGCUUUAGUCCUUUAGAAUCCAGGAUCAAGUCUUAGUUUUGGUCGUUGAGUUCAGGUUUUGAUCGGUGCAGAUUUAAAUGACUGUAGAGAGUUUUAUUCCUGCUUCAUUUCAGACUUUAAACACCAUAUACUGAGAAGAUCCUUCAUGUUACAUCAUUAAUUUAUAUUUUAAAGAGGAAUUAAAAGUGUGACUUUUCCAGGUUUUGGUUAUGAGGGUAUGUCAGAUGACUCUUGUCUGAUCUUUGAGCCGUUUUCCUGUUCUCCUCAGUCACUGUCGGCAGCGUGGUCGAAAACAAGGUGGUGUCUCUUCUGCUUGUGGCCGAGCCUGAGGGAAUCUUCGCCAUGCCGGACCCCACGGUGCCUGAGAGCGACAUCAAGGCUCUGACCACGCUGUGCGACCUCGCCGACAGAGAGCUGGUGGUCAACAUCGGCUGGGCCAAACACAUCCCAGGUACGAGUCGGACGGCCUGAGUCAGUCUGUCAGUCAGUCAGUCAGCUGUCUGCUCACACACAUUAGCUCACAUUAAGUCUCUAAUCUGAUCACAGGAGAUUGUUGUGACUCGCUGGUGCCAAGACACUCACUCCAUGCCUGGAGGAGAGACGGCGUGUUGGCACGACAGAGUGCGUUAUCUGUCCGUCAUCCUUUGUGUCUGCGUGUGUGUGUGUGUGUGUGUGUGUGUGAUCGAUGUGUUUCCGGAUAUGAAACAACCGACGGUUGCUCUCCUGAACUUUUAAUCCAUUUCCUGAAUUAACACUUUGUGACGGCAUGAGAGACAUCUAGGUUUUUAUUUCCUCUUCGGAUGAGAAGCAGGAAUAGGAGAGGAGAUGGUGAGCUCUCUGACAGAUUAGCGGGAUUAAAAAGUGUGUAUGAAGCUGUUGGUGUUUGUAAUCGUAUGCUGUGGCAACAGAGGAGAGCACAGGUCUGACCACCACUCUUGAAAAUGGAAAAUCAUCACUCUCUAUAAAAGGCCGGUUUGACCCACAGGGAAGGAAAACAGAGUGACACCUGUGGUGCAGAAGCUUCAUGUGCUCAUAAGGAGACAUUUUAGGAUUCACUGUGGAAACAAAUUAACAGAGAAUGACCACGGAGUGAAGUAAAAGGAGUUAUUCUGAGAGUAAAUUAGAGGUGACAUUUAGGGGGAUUGGUAAAUAUGUCAAUGUCAAUGUCACGUUUAUUUAUAUAGCACCUUUAUAGGACAGGCCAGACAAAGUGCUUUACAGGAGAAAAAAGAAAAAAGCUUAAAAUAAUAAAAGCUACAAAUAUGGCAACAUUUAAAAGUGCAAUAUACAAUGACAACAAUAAAAGAAAAAACGUACGCGAGUAAAAGCAGGUGACAACUCAGCCAAAGGCUAGGGUAAACAGGUAGGUUUUAAGGUGCGUUUUGAAGGAGGUGAGGCUAGUUGCAGAACGCACAGACAAAGGCAGGGCAUUCCACAGAGUGGGAGCAGCAACCGCGAAUGCCCGAUCCCCUCUGCUUUUCAGCUGGGCUCUCGGCACAUCUAAAACCAUCCGGUCAGCAGACCUCAGGGAUCUGGUGGGUCGGUGCGCCUUGACAAGGUCGGAUAAAUAUUCUGGGGCCAGCCCGUGCAAAGACUUAAAAGAAAAUAAAAGAAUUUUAAAAUCAAUCCUGAACUUGACUGGGAGCCAGUGAAGUGAGGAGAGCACCGGUGAGAUGUGCUCCCGUUUCUUGGUUCCGGUCAGGAGACGAGCAGCAGCAUUUUGCACAAGCUGCAGGCGGUUUAUUUCAGUUUGGCUGAUGCCAAAAUACAGCGAGUUACAGUAGUCAAGGCGAGACGAGAUAAAAGCAUGGAUAACCUUUUCCAGAUCUGGCCUCCUAAGAUAAGGCUUGAUUUUUGCCAGUAGCCAAAGCUGAAGAAAGCUAGCCUUCACAACGGAGCUGAUCUGCUUGUCCAGCUUAAGAGCCCCAUCAACGAUGACACCUAGGUUUCUGGCCUGGGAACCUAUACAGGGUACUAAGGGGCCGAGGGAGCUGGCAAGAACCUGGACGGUGUCAGGGUUGCCAAAGAGGACAAUCUCAGUUUUGUUUUCAUUUAAUGUAAUAUGAUCAUUACAGAGCAAUAUAACUAAUGAAAGUUUGUCUCUAGUUAUCUUAUUAAACCAACUCUUUAACCAAGAAAAAAAUACAGAAAAUUCUCACAUUUUAAAAGAGAAUUUUUGGCUUAUUUUUGUUUUAAAAGGACUUAGAUUAAUAUGAAAAUUUCUAAAAUGACGAUAAUUUUUUGCUGCUUCAAACCUCUUAAAUCCGAAGACCGGAAACCUUUUCAAAAUUUUAAAUGACAUAAAUUAGAGUUUCUGCAGGUUUCAACGAGUCAAAUUUAAGACUUUUUAAGAAUUUUUUAAGACCAUAAUGAAAACAAUUUAAGAUCCAUUUUACAUCCAUACUGGCAAAAAAGUACAAAAGACAUGAAUGGAAAUCAGAACAUUUUAAAAUCUUUAUUGGUAAGUCACAUCAAUACAUUUUUAAGACCUUUCAAAUUUGUAUUUUAAGACAUUUAAUGAUGUUUUAAGAGAAUUUCAGACAUUUUAAGACAUUUUAAGACCCAGCAGAAACCCUGUAAACUUUUGAACUUGAGCUUAGAGCUCUUGGUGUUAGUUUGGUUUUGUUGAACAUAAUUUGUGCUUUAAACGUUUUUAUUUAGAGUUAGGACAGUGAAAGGAAAUUAGAGGGGAGAUCAGGGGGAUGAAAUGCUGAUGGAUUUGAACCCUCACACUUUGCAGACUUUCCCUUUAAUACAUGCAGCGCACAAUUUAACCGCUGAGCCAAACUGACACAGUAUGACAUUUAUUUUUAUUAUACUCUGAUGUUUCCAUAAAUUAUGAGAAAUGUGCUCUAGAUAUAAACAUGUAGAUUCUCAGUUUCAUAGCUAAUAAGUGGAUUUUUCUGCGCUUGAGUAUAACCACAGAAUAAUCUCUCUGUCUUCAAGUUUCAUCAGCCCAAACAUCAGCAGGUGAAAAAACACCUGGACUUUUGUUUACGUCUCUGAAAUGCUUACAAAACACACACAGCAGGUGUGUACGUGUGUGUGUUUAUGUUUCCUACCAAAUGAGUCUUUCUCCUCCUCAGUCGUGGAGUUUCCCUCUGAGAUGAGGAGAAGAAAUGAUGAGGGAUGAAGGAGAGUAAAGGGUGGAUGAAGAAGACAAAGAUGUAGGGGAUGGAUAUUUAAAAACAGAAAGGCCGCCCCCCCCUCUGAGCGCUGUGACGGCCGUGUCACAUCAGCUCUGGGUGAGUGACGGUCCACACUGCCUCCACGGCUGCUAGAACCAGGGUCUUGGGCAAAGUGGCCCAGGCCAUCUGAGUUCUUUGGCCCAGGGGGAGGUGAGUGUACGGGGGGCUACUGUCCUGGCUGUUCCCCCCUCCUCUGUGUCGGCUCUUAUCAGGCACCAUGACAGUGAUGUGGGCUGAAGUCUGAGGGCCAGACAGGCAGAUGAGCUGGCUAAAGACCAACUGCCCUCUUUGCUUUUGGCCUUUUUUAAGUCAGCGCUGCGAGUUGGCUGUCAAAUAUGAGCGUAUGUGUGUGUGUGAGAGAGAGCGAUUGUGGUGUGACUGGCUGCGUGUUAUCUUUUCUAUGAUACGACUAACGCUGGCACGACCAUUUUUCCUCGCUCAAAGCCCUCAGCGUCGUCCUUUUGCUUUUAGAGAGAAAAUCAUUUGUCUCUUUAAAACCCGCUCUCUCCUCUCUUCACUGAAGCUCGAUUUGUUCUUAAAAUCCAUCGAUAUAUAGUCUGAGAUUUCAUCACACGCACUCACACAGGUCCCUGUACCUGAUCGAUGACCCAGUGCCAGAAUACUGAUCCCUAUCGACCAAUGAAAUUGUGCAAGGACGGCCUUUUCCAAUCAGUCAGGGAGCGAUUGUGGGGAAAGAGGCGCCACUGAUGUCCCCGCGGUGAUAGUAAAGAGCAAUGGAUCCUGAUAACAAUCACUGAUGGUGUCAAAAAUACAAACGCCCCCCCCUCCACCCACCAGUCUGUAAAAUCACCUAUUUAAUUACAGUAAACCUGAAUGUGUGUGUGGGGGUUUAUGUGAGCGGCUUUAAUCACGCUCCUGUGGGGUGUAAUUGUCAAUCAAAGGGGGCGUCUCCAAGAGGGGGGUGAUUAAAUCCACCACCUCUCCACUCCCCCUGUCCUCUGGUAUGUCCUCUAUGAGGCGCUCACGCUAACCGUCAGUGAUGUCAUUAUAAUUUAAACAAAUCAGCGCUGUCAGGAAGACUCAGCUAACAUCUGAAAUUUUGAUUUCUCACAUUUACGUGAUUUCUGUUUCCUCUAAUGACGACUGACGAAGGAUGUCAAACUUGAAAUUUUGAAACUUCUCAAUGCUGCAAAACGAUCUGUGCAAUUUUAAAAUUUGGUCCAGCUUAUAAAAUAUAGGGCUGUACCCAUAAGAUAUUGAUAUCAGCCAAAAAAAAAACAAAUAUCGGAUUAUAUCAGUCUGCAUUUAAAAUCGCCAAUAUCUACACUCCAAUACAAGCAGUCCAUUCCAGCCUCGGUCCACGUCAACUGAUUUUCAUAAUACAAACCUCAGCUGAACCUGGUUAGAGAGCCACCUGCUGGUCAGGUGGAAAAGGUGUGGGGCUGCCUCUAGCUAGCAGUGCCUGGAUCCAGCAUGUACAGCUUACGUGAUCACAACAACAGUGUGUACUAAGGUACUAGCAAAUUAGCAAGGAGUAGAAGUGGUGUCGGCCUUGUGGCAGUAUCCUUCGAUAUUGCAGCUUGUGCCAGUAUCGGAUCAAUAUCGGUAUUGGCCGAUACUGAAGGCUACAAUAUUGUUGUUGUAUAGUAAGUAAAAAAGCUGUAUCAGGACACCCCUAAUCAAAAACAAGGUUCUGCUUUAAUGCAUGUGUUCAUAUUUGCAUUUAAGCAACGUGCGUCUCGCUGCUCCGCCCUCCAUCACACUCCAUCAUGUGUUGCACCACGAGUCCUGAGUCUGGGUCGAACUAUUCACUUUACAAAUCUACGAAGCUGCAGUCCACACUCCAACAGGAAUCAGAAGUUAAACCGAAUCUUUCUCUCCUCAGGCUUCCCCUCCCUCUCUCUGGCCGACCAGAUGAGUCUCCUGCAGAGCGGCUGGAUGGAGAUCUUGAUUCUGCGGGUGGUGUUUCGCUCCCUGGCGUUGGAGGACAAGCUGGUGUACGCCGAGGACUACGUCAUGGACGAGGAGCAGUCCAAGCUGGCGGGGCUGCUGGACCUCAACAACGCCAUCCUGCAGCUGGUGAAGAAGUUUAAAGGCAUGGGGCUGGAGAAGGAGGAGUUUGUGGUGCUUAAAGCUAUCGCGCUCGCUAACUCAGGUACUAAUUUGACUUGAUUUGUGCAGGAUGUCGGCUCUUUAUGUGGUUAACUUAAAACCUAAAAUGAUAUAGAAAUGAAAAUAAAUGCAGUACAGAUAUUAUUUUUGACAUUUAAGUCGUCCAGACUCUGUCUCUGCUGGAAACUUUGCGUCUCCUUAUUUUCCGCCGCUCCUCUGCAUCUAAAUGAAGUUUUAAAAUUGUAUUCAAAUCUUGCGCCGGGCCAUUUAAGUGAAUAAUUUAAUAUUCCCUUACAGACUCAAUGCAAAUUGAGGACUCAGAGGCAGUACAGAGACUCCAGGAUGUUCUCCAUGGGGCCCUACAGGACUAUGAAGCCACCCACCACCCAGAGGACCCUCGCAGGGCCGGCAAACUGAUCAUGACCCUCCCCCUCCUCCGCCAGACGGCCGCUCGCGCCGUGCAGCACUUCUGCAGCAUCAAACAGGACGGCCGCGUCCCCAUGCACAAACUGUUCCUCGAACUGCUGGAAGCCAAAGCCUGA